GAAUUAAGAUAUUGCGUGGUUAAAAAAAACCUGAUUCAUAUUUCGAUCCCUAUUUGGUUCAACCUUUAAUCAAAACGCAACGAAAAGACAAGGCUGACAAAAUGAAGCUCUUGAUUUUGAUGAUAGUUUUGAGCUGCUGGUUCACUUUGGUUUUCCCGUCAAAAGACGUCCUUGAACGAUCCAUGUGCAAGCGACUGAAAGAAAAAGGGAUGUGCAAGAGCCGUUUUACCUGCAUCAAAAACGAUCUGUGUAAAGUCACGUGCGGGUGUAACGACAUUCUUUCUCUGCGAUCGUGUAAAGUACUGAAAGGAAUAAAAGCAUGCUCCAAACACUUGGUAGUUGGGUUCGAUUAUUGCAGGUGGACCUGUGGAUUUUGUUGGAGAAAGAGGGCAUGUAAGUCGGCACGUGCACUUGGGAUGCAGAGUAGAGCAAUUCCUGACUCCAGUAUCACCGCGUCGACAUCGCAUUUCAGGAACCAUGAACCACAACUAGCACGACUUCACAUUAGGUCAUCCCGUGGCAAGGCUGGAUCAUGGGUUGCAGGUAGACAGCGAUCCGGAGAAUGGCUCCAAGUUGACUUGGGCAAGGUUACCAAAGUUCAAGCUGUUGCAACCCAAGGUCGAUACGACACUAACCAAUGGGUGAGAAGCUACACCCUGCAAUACAGCAACAAUGGCAAAACCUUCAAGAAAUACCAGGGAGGAAAAGUGUUCAAAGGAAACAGUGACAAACACACCGUUGUCAAGCAUAAUCUAAAUCCCCCGAUUUAUGCCAGGUACAUCAGGGUAGUAGUCAAGACAUGGUAUCGCUUCGUUUCAAUGAGAAUGGAGCUGUAUGGGUGCAAAUACUAUUAAAGCUCACCAGUCAAUCGAUGCAGACUAUCGUUAUAACAAAUGGAUAACGUAAAACGUGUAAUGACGUAAUAUAAAAGGUUAAUUUUAAAGGUGAAUUUAACAUCGUCUUGGUAUACUAUAAGAUUAUGUUAAGGUAUUGAAUUAAAAAGGUUUUAAGC